AAAGAAAGCUUUUUAAUGAGCAUUUUAAUGCAUAAAGAAUUGCACGAAUCAAGGUUUGUUGAAAAUGGAAUCUAAAUUUUUAGUAUUUGAUGAACACUGUUUUCCUCGGAUUAACUAUUUCAAAACACGACUGAUACGAUUUUAUCCGAGAAUGAAGAAUGUAUUAGAUUUUGAAUUUACUUUCCCGGGUCGAGGCUUGAAGAAAAUGCGUAGUGAUGACACAGAAAGAGAUACCAUUAAUGAACUGAUAAACCAGGGCAUAUCAGUUGAAUGUAGAUCUAUAGAUAAUGCUCUACUGAAUGCAAUAACAGAACAAUCCAUUGCUAUAAAACCAGAGUAUCUUCAAAAGGGAGCACAGCAAAAACAUGGUGAACUUUCGAAAAGUAUCGCAUCCCUAAUAGUGACAACUGAAAAGGAUCUUGAAGAGACAGCUAGACAUAUGGCAAAUGCCAUUUAUUCAGAUCACAUUGUUCUGGCUGUAUUUGUCGAAGAUGCGAAUAUCCGUCCAGAACUGAACAGUCUCUUAGAAGGAAUUAAACUGCCAUCAGACCAGAAAGUCGUCGUGAAACUAAAUUUUGCUAACAGAGGCGAUCCUACAACACCUACCCCAAAUGCUCGCAAAUCAAGAAAGUUACAAGGUGAGCAAGUAUUAAAAUCAGAUCAAUCCGCAUCGUCAAAAUUUUAUUCUUUCUCGGAUUGGAGGGAAUCGAAAGAAAGUACAAAGUCGCCACCAAGGUCAAGAUCAAUAUCCCCAAGACGUAGAAGAAUUUCGCCAAGUAAUUAUCGUAGUAAAACAAGGCAAAGAAGUUUAUCACAAAGUUCCCAUUCCGACUCGGAUACGCCAGAAUCUUCAUCGCCCUCACCAAAACACAAUAUCAGACAAAAGUCUAAAUCUAAAAAGCAGAAAACAGACGAAAGUUCUUCGUCAACGGAUAAAUUACUCUAUGUUCCCGCUAAAAAAUAUCUUGCAACUUUACCAUCAUCCUGUACAUCAUCGUCACCUGUUACGUCAUCAGUAAGCACUCGUAUGUGCGAUGUUUCACCAUCCAGACAUCAUAUGCCCAUCAAUCAAGAACCGAUGGACGUGGAAGAUUCAGAGGAAUGCCAUAGAGUAACAAGGAAAACCAGGAAAGAACAUGACGAUGGAAAUGUCCCAUGCACAAUUCAACCUGGUCCGAUCUCCUUUGAAAACAUAGACAAGUUGGAUAGUGAAGCUUUAAAGAGCGCUGUUUCAUUACAACUAGAGACCUACCUUGCUGACAUCAUUGAACGAAUAAUUAAAUUACUGAAAGCGGUAAGGGAUAGACGAGACUCCAAUGCCAAAGUCGAAAACGUCACUACCCUAGACAAGCUUAUCUAUGAAAUAGAGGGUCUUUUAGGUCAAAGCAUAACAAAGAAGGGGGUGAAAAUGAAGAGUGAGAUUGAGCAGACAAGACUACCUCCACGUGUGACGCAAGAUCUGCUUAGAGUGGACGGUGUCUAUGGAUGCGGCACUAUUUACAGCAGACUUAAUGUUCAUAUUGAAGUUAAAACAGAAAACGAUCGGGCAAAAGUAGAGGAAAACAUAAGGAAAGUCGUCACGGAAAAACAUGAAAUUCAAGACUACGUGGUCAAUGUUGUAAAGUCGAGACCCGCCUUAUACGGAAGUAGAAGUCUUGUAGUCUGUCAUUAGAACAGAACAGACCAUAUUUAUUCAACAAUAAUUAAUUAAUUGAAUUUGCAAUACUCUUCCAUACAUGCAGCACAUAUAAUUAUAUAUUAUUAUUAUAUAAAAGGGUAUAAAGCAUUAGAGGGUGUAAAGCUUAUAUGCUUAUAUGAAUUUCAAAAUCUGUGAAACUAUGUUGUUUCCACAAAUUUACGAUCAUUUCACUUACAUCUGAACAGUCUUAGUAAAAUUGACUUCUAAUCCAGUUACCUCUCUGCGUGGGUUCGAUCCCCGGGAGAUGCUUUGGUAGUUUAGCGCGGAGGAAGGUAGUCUAGUACUGGUGUAACACUCCAGGAACGAUGGUUAGGAAACUAACCGCCUAUAUAUGACUGAAAUACUGUUGGGAAAGGCGUAAAAUGAAACAAACAAACAAACAAACAAGUAAAAUUGAAAAACAUGUAAAGGGAUAGUAUGCCUUAGAAACGAGUACAUUUUUUUCUUUAGUAAGGGCAAAUAUGAGUUUUAUAAUGAAAUUAUGGUUUGAGGGCAUGUUAGAUGUAUAUUAUCUAAAGAAAGAAGUGGUAUAUAUAAAAGAAAAUAUUUGUGUGAAUGUAAAAAAGAUAUUUGUCAUAAAAGUAGCAAAAUGUAAACAAAGUAGUAUUUUGACUUGGAACCAUGAAAAACAAUUCAAUUAUACUAUAAGUUUUUUUUGUUGUGAUUUAUGAUGUUUAUUUAAUUGUUAUUAUUAUUAUUAUUAUUUAUAGAAUGAUUUAUUCUAUAUGAUUGUAUUUUUGUCAUAUAUCGAUCAUGGCAGCUUUUUCACCGUUUAUGUUCAUAUGGAUUAUUAUUUUCGUGUACAUAUGUAUAAUAUUUUCUUGUUUACUAGUACAUUAUAUUUUCUUAACACAAUCAGUUUUAAAUGACCAAUUGCCAAAAUAGCAACAUAAACGAAUGCUGGUUCAGGUAGUUGACCAUUGAGUUUGGAAUAAAAGGGCAUCAAAAUAAAAAGCUUUUGAAAAAUUAAAACUAAAGCAUUUCUAGGGCAUAAUGGGCUUCAUAAUAUGACAUUGCUGUUUUAAACCCGGGGGUUAUUCAAUUUAUUUUUUUCAAGAACAAUAAUAAGAUAUCUGAGCUUUUGAAUAUUUUCAUCUGUAUUGCAAUUCCACAGAACAAUAAUAUUUUAUAACUGUGUGAACAAAAAAUAAUCUUUUUAGCUAUAUUUAUAUCCCCCAUUGUGGAUGAUUUUCAAUUGAUAUUUUUCAAAAACUGCUCGUGCCUGAAAUAAUACACAAAGGGGAACAUUAGGUAAAGCUGGAAAGUCGCACAACAAAGAAAAAACGCUAAUGAAAUAGUCGUAACUGGAAUUUGGUGUAUUAAUAUAUAUACAUGGAAGAAUAUGAAAGAUUGAUUAUUAUAAAACAAAUUAGAUUCAGCGUGGCUGUAUUAUUUUAUAUUUAAAAGGAUUCUUCAUUGUAAGCAAAAUACAAUGUACAUUGAAUGGUAUGAGGGAUACUGAAAAGAAUUCUAUAAAUAGUAACAUGAUGGAAAAACCAUUUAUUUUUAGUCGGCCUAAAUAUAACUCGACGCGCAUUGCGUGCAUCUGGUUACAUAAUUAUACGUUGUGAUAUUAUAUUUAUUUAUAGGAUUAUUUAUUUGAAGUUUAGUCACAUAUCAAGGAAGGCAGCUUGUUCACAUCUUGUAUUCAUUUUAUUUUAUCAACCAAUCAAAAUUGAGAAAUACUCAUUUUUUACAGAGUAAUGACUAAUUUGAUGAAGUGAUUAUUGUUUUCUGAAAGCGAAAUAUUGUGUCAUACAAUUAAAAUCUCUUCAGUCUUUGAAUGCAUUAUUUUUUUUUAAUUUGUUCGUUUUUGGACAGUUGUAAUUUGCGUAGCAAAGAAGUUUUAUAGUAGUUUUAUUUAAUAAAUUAUUGAAUAAAAUUUCGUGUCAGUUGU